UCCGCCGCCGCCGCUGCCGCCGCCGCCGCAUCCCGGCUCUGGGGCGGCGCUGACAGUCUGGUCCGCGCCGGGCAGCGGGCGCAGCAGCGGGCAGGGCUGACGGCAGGCACGGAGGCAGAGCCCCGCCGCGCGCGCCCCGGCCCGCGCCCUGCGCCGUGCCCCAGCCCGCCCGCGGGGCGCCCACCUGCCGCCCCGACGGGAGGCCCCCCGCGGUCGGAGCCGCUGCCCGGGGCCGGGCGCCCGCGGCGGCACCAUGAGUCCCCGCUCGUGCCUGCGUUCGCUGCGCCUCCUGGUCUUCGCUGUCUUCUCGGCCGCCGCGAGCAACUGGCUGUACCUAGCCAAGCUGUCCUCGGUGGGGAGCAUCUCGGAGGAGGAGACAUGCGAGAAGCUCAAGGGCCUGAUCCAGAGGCAGGUACAGAUGUGCAAGCGGAACCUGGAGGUGAUGGACUCGGUGCGCCGCGGCGCUCAGCUGGCCAUCGAGGAGUGCCAGUACCAGUUCCGGAACCGGCGCUGGAACUGCUCCACGCUCGACUCCCUGCCCGUCUUCGGCAAGGUGGUGACGCAAGGGACUCGGGAGGCGGCCUUCGUGUACGCCAUCUCUUCGGCAGGUGUGGCCUUUGCAGUGACACGGGCGUGCAGCAGUGGGGAGCUGGAGAAGUGUGGCUGUGACCGGACGGUGCAUGGGGUCAGCCCGCAGGGCUUCCAGUGGUCAGGAUGCUCGGACAACAUCGCCUACGGCGUGGCCUUCUCCCAGUCCUUCGUGGACGUGCGGGAGAGAAGUAAGGGGGCGUCGUCCAGCCGCGCCCUCAUGAACCUCCACAACAACGAGGCUGGCAGGAAGGCUAUCCUGACACACAUGCGGGUGGAGUGCAAGUGCCACGGGGUGUCGGGCUCCUGUGAGGUAAAGACGUGCUGGCGAGCCGUGCCGCCCUUCCGCCAGGUGGGCCACGCACUGAAGGAGAAGUUCGACGGCGCCACCGAGGUGGAGCCGCGCCGCGUGGGCUCCUCCAGGGCGCUGGUGCCACGCAACGCGCAGUUCAAGCCGCACACGGAUGAGGACCUGGUGUAUUUAGAGCCCAGCCCAGACUUCUGCGAGCAGGACAUGCGCAGUGGCGUGCUGGGCACGCGGGGCCGCACGUGCAACAAGACGUCCAAGGCCAUCGACGGCUGCGAGCUGCUGUGCUGCGGCCGCGGCUUCCACACGGCACAGGUGGAGCUGGCCGAGCGCUGCAGCUGCAAGUUCCACUGGUGCUGCUUCGUCAAGUGCCGCCAGUGCCAGCGGCUGGUGGAGCUGCACACGUGCCGGUGACCGCGGCACCCGCACCCACCUCGCGGCCCAGGGAAGGCCGGUAAUUUAAAAAGUCCCCCUGCACCUACCCCAAAAGAUACUGGUUGUAUUUUUUGUUUUGGUUUGGUUUUUGGGUCCUCAUGUUAUUUAUUACUGAAAGCAGGCAGACGGCCCCGAGCGCACCAGCCAGGGCCUCUCUGAAGCCUGGGCCUCUGUGGCUGCUACUGACCAAAGGGACCUUUGCUCAUGCCUCUGGCUGUCCACAUGUGGCCACUGCUGACCACUCGGGUGCUAUCCGUAUUUGUUUUCCUACUUGCAGACUUCAGCUGGGUGACAAGGAGUGUCUGCACAUGCCGACUUACCCUGCCAUCUCGGGAAGGAGGUGGCCCUAAGACAGGGGGAAACCAGUGCCAUCUUGAUGGAAGCUGUACCCCUAUACACACACCUGGCCCCUGGCAGCUUCGGCCUGGUAGCCCUGUCUCUCGAGUCCCCUGGAAAAGGGCAGGUGCCAGCUCAAGGGCAAAGGGUUCGCUUCGACCCUCCAUGAGCAGCUGGAGGUCAGUCUCUGUGGGAACUUCCAGGCAGGAAGAGCAGGUGAGACAAGGGCCAGAGAAGGCUCCAGUCGUGCCCUGGAGCCCAGCCCACGCAGCCUCCCCAUCAAAGAGGGGAAGCUACCGGUCCCGGGUCCUUCCCAGGCACCAGCUGUCAUCCUGGAUCAGAGGUCCCAGCUGGGCCUCUGCAGGGACACCUCUAUGUGUGUCUCCUCACGGUGCCGCUCCUCUGUGAGAGGAAGAAUGGAGAUCACACACACACAGGAACCAGCCAGUUAAAAAGCCCUUUCCCACCCAUUACUUCCCUCACUGAACCACAUUUCCUAAGUAAAUACUAUGUUCUAGGCCCUAUCCUGGGCCAGCUCAUAGGGUGAU